UCUUUCUCAGGCGCGUGCUCGCUCCACUCCGGUCCCACAUAAAUAAAUAGCGUCAGAAGGAUGUGGGAGAAGAGCGAUGUUGCUGCCAGUGGAAAAAGAACAAUGUUGAGGCAACUCUCCCCUGUUUAUCUUCAGCACAUGCUUCCAGUCUGGGGAUUACAGGCACGUUCCCCUUGGAUUUCUUGCCCACUGAAGGAUGCUCUGUUCUGACGGCACUUCUGCCGUACCCACAGCGAGGACUAUUGGACUUUGCUUACUGUUUCCACCUGAUAGCCUUAGAGCAACUGAUCCAGCCUGCCAGAGGAACCCAUGGAGUCCAUCCCCAUGGUAGAUGGUCCACUCUACAUUUGCGCUUGGCAAUAGACAACGAGGCAAAAAGAUUAGAAAGAUUGGCAGCCGAUCAGCUCCAUGGUUUUCUGACUUUAUCAAGGCUGUGAUUUUUGGCAUCUGAUAAAGAGAUGACCCAGGAACAGUGCCCUCAUAGGAACAAUGUCCAGAGUACCGAAAAACCGCAAGUGUAUAAAGUGGGGAUCUACGGCUGGCGGAAACGUUGCCUUUACUUCUUUGUUCUCCUCCUUAUGAUCCUCAUAGUGGUCAACCUCGCUCUCACCAUCUGGAUCCUCAAAGUUAUGAACUUCACUAUAGACGGCAUGGGUCACCUGCGCAUCACUGAAAGAGGCCUGAAACUUGAGGGCGAUUCGGAAUUCCUUCAGCCGCUGUAUGCCAAAGAAAUCCAGUCCAGACCAGGAAGCCCAUUGUUCCUGCAGUCAUCUAAGAACGUGUCUGUCAACAUCCUCAAUGAGAAGAAGCAAUUAGUAUCUCAGCUUGUUGCAGGUUCUCAUGGAGUUCAUGCACGGGGCAAAAUGUUGGAGGUAAAAUCGAGUUCAGGAAAGCUGCUCUUCUCUGCAGACGACCAUGAGGUGGUGGUUGGUGCAGAGAGAUUACGAGUUAUGGGAGCUGAGGGUGCAGUGUUCAGCAACUCAGUGGAGACGCCACACGUGAGGGCCGAGCCGUUCAAAGAGUUACGGCUGGAGUCUCCUACACGCUCGCUAUACAUGGAGGCGCCUAAAGGAGUGAAAAUAGAAGCUGACGCGGGUGAUUUCCAAGCAACCUGUAGGAGCGAUUUACGCCUGGAGUCAAAAGACGGAGAGAUCAGCUUGGACGCCAGCAAAAUCAAGCUCCCACGUCUGCCAGAGGGAAAAGCCUCCACCUCUGGACCGAGACAGACUGUCUUUGAGGUGUGUGUCUGUCCCAACGGAAAACUCUUCUUAUCACAAGCAGGAACUGGCUCUACUUGCCAGAUGAGCAGCAACUUAUGCCUCUAAACACUAACAAACUCACUUCCACCCACACACAAACACUACAAAACUCAUACACAAGACUCGAUCCUCUCAAAGAAUCCAACGUCUAAAAGGAUUUCCUCAAAAGAUUCUUGAAAAUACUUUGUAAAACCAUGUUUGAGGCUGGCUGAGACCUUUAAGGUGAUCACCAGAAACACACCAUGACAGACGGACAUUCAGAUUCAUACCUCGCUUGUACUCGUCGGCGUCCUCUUUUUUCACUCAGAAACAGACGAUAUAUAUUUUUUUUGCUGAGGAAAGUAUCGUGGGUGCUUUAAUCUUGUGUACGCCACAUAAAUAAAACAGAUACACUCUUUGUAACAUCACAUUUUGUAUGAUUACUGGAGUCCCGCAUCUACAGUUCUCCAUCUGGGACACGUCUCGUGACGGUGAUCACCUGUUAUCCAAACUGUGCUCGCACCGGGAGGGAACCCGUGUGUGCACACACACAUAAACACUCUGUUGAAAAAGACGAUUUCUGUGCCUUAAUUCAAUGCACUCGUGGCAAGAAGCACACCCCACUGACUUUUCUUUAGACAAGGAGACUUGUGUUGAAGUUACUUGCCUUUUGCUCCCUAGUUAACUUAUUUUUAACUGCAUUUAAAUAAUAAUAAUAAAAAAGUUUGAAAAACCCCAUUUAACCCCAAACUUACAUAGAGAUUUGUUUGCUUUAAUGUGAAAAGGAGAAGAAAUCAUUUCUGGUUUUAUUUAAAUGCAUUUUAUUUUGUUGUUUUUUGUUGGCUUGGCACAGAGUGAAAAAAGACGAGUUUGAUGUGUGGAUGUUUUUGUGUGUAUUAUUAAGUCUGAUUUUUGCUCGUAUUGUGUUAUUGAGCUCUUAACAAACUAGAGACACUCAAAACCAAAAAAGAAUAGCUGUCAAAAAGUAGGAAGCUGAUGAAAAUCGAAAAUGAUUUUGUAAAUCAUUUAAUGAAAUUAUGAAUAAAUACAUGUUUUAUUCAA